AUGACCCAGACGACCUUGCUUCAGUAUGAGGCGCCAUGGCCUGUGUAUGCUCUCGACUGGUGCAAGACCCCAGCCCCAGGGCAGCAGCUGCGCCCGCGAUCAGCAUUUCGUCUAGGGCUCGCGUCGCACACGGAGGACUACCGGAACAGAAUCGCCAUCGCAGGGCUGCAGGACGAGCGCGUACUUGUGGAAGAUGACUACACGGAGUACCCGGACUUUGUGACGCUCGUGGAAGCCAACCAUGGGUAUCCUGUGACGAGCCUUCAGUGGCAGCCCGCGACCGCGCCGAGCUUUGCGUGGAGCCAGAAGGCGGCGACGACGGAGCUGCUCGCGACGACUGGGGACGCGUUGCGGAUUUGGGAAUAUACGAGUGAUGGGCAGCCUGCUAUGUCGUCGUAUGUGGGCCGGCAGCCCACUUCGAGUGGGCAUCGAUUAGUGACGAAGAUCGCGCUUGCAGGUCAAAGUAAAGUACAGAACCAUGGGAUGGGUGCGCCACUGACGAACUUCUCGUGGAACGAGAAGGCACCGAGCUUGGUGGUAACCUCGUCGAUCGACACGACUUGCACGGUGUGGAACAUCGACACCUCGACGGCGAUCACCCAGCUCAUCGCGCACGAUCGCGAGGUGUACGACGUCGCGUGGCUGCCGGGAUCAACGGACAUUUUCGUGUCCGUCGGCGCGGACGGGAGCCUUCGUGCGUUUGACUUGCGCAGCCUGGAGCACUCGACAAUCCUGUAUGAGACUCCGGUACCGAAGAACGUGCAACCGCCGCCCGCGUCGCCGUCUGCGUCUGCGCGCCCGCUGACGUCGCCGCUGCUGCGGAUCGCAUUCAACCCGAACGACUCGAAUUACAUGUCGACGUUCCACAUGGACGGGGCGGACGUGCAAAUCCUGGACAUGAGGAGCCCGGGAUCGCCUGUGAUGGAGCUGCGAGGACACCGCGCGCAGGUGAAUGCCCUUGGCUGGGGAUCGGCCGCUAGCCCGCUCUUGGCUACCGCAGGCGAUGACUGCCAGCUGCUGCUGUGGGACCUGUCGUCUUACACGCAACUACCGUCGACCUCUCCGCGGACUACGAGCACGGGGCUGAGUUCGCCAAGGCCGGACGUGAAAAAACGCGUGGUGACGGACCCGGUGAUGGCGUACACCGGACAGAGCGAGAUUGUCAACUUGGCGUGGUCUCCGCAGAUAGCGGGGAUGGCAAUGCAUAAUGGCUACUCGACUGCGCCAGGCGAAUGGCUGGCCAUUGCGAUGGGGAGAUCAAUAAGAGCAUUGAAGGUGUAG